UUUAUCUGCAUGUAUUCCUAUCAUAUGUGUGCCUCGUGUCUGAGAAGAUGGGAAGAGAGCGUUAGAUCCGCUAGAACUGGAAUUACAGAUGAUUGUAGGUUGACAUGGGUGCUAGGAACUAAACCUGGACCCUCUGCAAGGGCAGGAAGUGCUCUUAACUGCAGCGCUCUCUCUCCAGCCCCUUUGUGUAUUUGCUCUACAGUUACAGAGGGCCUAACUAUGGCUGUCUGUGGUAGAGCUGUUUGACCAUCCUCAGCACAGACUACUAGAUAUAUUACAAGAGACAAAGCAGCCUUGAAUUUCUAUGAUCUGAGCUGUCUGUGACGGAAGAGUUUCUCAGUGUUCUCAGAAGAACAAAUCCUGUUCACCUUGGAACUUUCGGUUAGGAGCCAGUGAACCCAAAACAACCCACUAAUUUGUAUUUUAUUUACGUUAGUAGGUUAGGAAAUAAUUCAGUGUUGGGUCUGCAUUUUUAAAGAAAUGACAGAUUCAGAGUAAAUGAUGUGACAUUGUAUGUAGUGUAAUGUAAUAUAUAGUGAUGUGUGCACAUGUGCAUAUUGGAUCACAAUAAAAAUUAUGAAUUAUUGGCAAGUUAGUUUGCAAAGCACUGAUUUGUAUGUACCCUUUUAAGCAGAGUAGUUGAACAACCAUGAAGUUAUUUAUUUAGUGAUGCUUGCCUCUACCCACUGAGUGUCUAAAAUAACGUUGGUAAUUAGCCAUUACUUACUUAGUGAUUGUAGUGGGCCGGGCAUGAUUUCAAAAGCCUUGAUACGAAAAUCACAUAGUUUCUACAACCAGCCCACUUUACAGGUGGAAAAUUGAUAUUUAAUUUGAACCAGAGCUGGUGAAUCUGGAGUUCUUAUUCUAAAACAUUUCUUUUUGGGAAGACUUUAAAAAGAUAAAAAAGAAUGGGUCUCACUGUGUAGCCCUGGCUGGCCUGGAACUCAGUGAUUCAUUUCCCUCUUGAGUUAUUGGAAGUAAAGGCAUAUGUCACCAUGCUAAGGAGCUUUCAUGAAGCUCCUUAAAAAAGUAAGAAGACCUAAAGUGUACAUGGAAUUCAAGUUCAGAGUUAACUAAUAUGCUUCCCUAACCUUUAUUCCAGAUAUGAGAAAUGAGUGUUGGACGUCGAAGAAUAAAGUUGUUGGGUAUCCUGAUGAUGGCAAAUGUCUUCAUUUAUUUGAUUGUGGAAGUCUCCAAAAACAGUAGCCAAGAAAAAAAUGGAAAGGGGGGAGUAAUAAUACCCAAAGAAAAGUUCUGGAAGAUAUCCAGCCCUCCCCGGGCAUACUGGAACCGAGAACAAGAGAAACUAAACAAGUGGUACAAUCCCAUUCUGAACAGGCUGGCUAACCAGACAGGGGACUUGUACAUGUCUCCUAACACAAGUCAUCUGGGCUACUGUGAGCCUGACCCAAGGGUCAUGACAGCUGUGACAGAUUUUAAUAAUCUGCCGGACAGAUUUAAAGACUUCCUCUUGUAUUUGAGAUGCCGAAAUUACUCACUGCUUAUAGAUCAACCGAAGAAAUGUGCAAAGAAACCUUUCUUACUGCUGGCAAUUAAGUCCCUCAUUCCACAUUUCGCCAGAAGGCAAGCAAUUCGGGAGUCUUGGGGCAGAGAAACCAAUGUGGGGAACCAGACCGUAGUGAGAGUCUUCUUGUUGGGCAAGACACCCCCAGAGGACAACCACCCUGACCUUUCAGACAUGCUGAAGUUUGAGAGUGAGAAGCACCAGGACAUUCUCAUGUGGAACUACAGAGACACAUUCUUCAACCUGUCCCUGAAGGAAGUGCUGUUUCUCAGGUGGGUGAGCACUUCUUGUCCAGACGCAGAGUUUGUUUUCAAAGGCGAUGAUGAUGUGUUUGUGAACACUCAUCACAUCCUGAAUUACUUGAAUAGCUUAUCCAAGAACAAAGCCAAAGAUUUGUUUAUAGGUGACGUGAUCCACAAUGCUGGACCUCAUCGGGAUAAGAAACUGAAGUACUACAUCCCAGAAGUCUUCUACACUGGGGUCUACCCGCCGUAUGCAGGGGGAGGUGGAUUCCUGUACUCUGGCCCCCUGGCCCUGAGACUGUACAAUAUAACUGACCGGGUCCACCUCUACCCCAUAGAUGAUGUUUAUACUGGAAUGUGCCUUCAGAAAUUGGGCCUUGUUCCAGAGAAGCACAAAGGCUUCAGGACAUUUGAUAUUGAAGAGAAAAAUAAAAAAAAUAUUUGUGCAUAUAUAGAUCUAAUGUUAGUACAUAGCAGAAAACCUCAAGAGAUGAUUGACAUUUGGUCUCAGUUGCAAAGUCCUAAUCUAAAAUGCUAAUGUACAUCUGCGCUACCUACAUUUCACACAGAGGCCUAUCCUGUCUAGUUCCCACAUUGUGCUUUCACAGUAGGGUGACUUCUGUGUGAAGCCAUCAGCCUUGAUGAGUAGCAUCCGGGCCUUCAAGCCCUUCAGUUCCACACCUUUGUGGCCAGAGAAAAGCUGAAGACAAUUCAUCAUGGCAGGAUGGUUAGUUCUGACCCUUCUUCUGGCUGCCGGUCCUCAGUUUCUAAUUUUUCCUUCUCCAAAAUCAAGUUUAGAAUUUGACCAUGAAGAUCUUUUUUUUGUCCUUAUAAUGGUAUACUCCUGUUUCCAUUUUAACCGAUUGGCUAAUUUUGAUUUUGUAGGGCAUGAUCUGGUGUUUUUGUGAAAUGGAAUUAUGUUUAUUUUCAUAAGGUUUUGGUGGAUUUUUAAAAUUGUCUAGAAAGUAGACUGAUGUUGAAAUUCCUGUCACCCCAACAGUAUUCUCCUUGUUAUUAGAACCCGUCACUUUCUUGACAAAGGAAAGUCACUGUGCAGCAUGCACAGUUCACCUCCUCUGGCCUUAGGCCAUGAGAAGGGCAGAGGAUUUUCUUUUACUUGUGUUUGAUUUGCUGGGUGGCAUCAUGAUAGCUAACCCAGUUUUAGUAUUUUGGAAAUCCUGAGUGUGAUUCCCUAGUGGCCAACUGAAGACUGAGUAGCCCGACAGCCAUAUGGGUUUGUGAAUGUUCACUGUGGGUCAGGGAAGCAUUUGUGACUUUUGAACUUGAAAUGAAAAGAUAGAAUUUGAAGGCAUUUGCUUAAGUGGCUUGUCAGUUUAAAACUCCAGGAUUCUUCUUGCCAUGUUCUCACACAUUGCUUAGAUGAAGCUCUCCGGGUAGUGAUGCUUCCCUCUCUCAGUGUAGAAGUGCCUGUGUUUUUAUUUAUUGUUCAGAUCAAAGACCAAAACAUUUUCUUAAAAAAUAUUUUGUGUAAUAUUUUAUUUGUAUACAGUGUUGUUUGUGAAAUAUUUAACUAGAGCAUGAUAUUUUAUUUUAUUUUCCUCAUUUUUUAAUUAGUUUUUUGAGAAUUUCAUACGUGUUUUGAUCACAUUCACUUCCCCCAACUCCUCCCAGAUCCAGCCCCCAGCAUGAUGUUUUAAAUGUUAAGCUGUAACAUAUGUUGAAUAAAGUUAACUCUUACUUUUGAAUUUUAAAAUUUGGAUUGGGGGGGUAUGAACUGCUAAAGUUGAUACGGUUCUGCCAAAUCACUGCUUACACCUUGUAUCUUGUAACAUGCUUUCUUGAAAUAUUUUUGUGUUUUAGAGGGUUCUCAUCUGUGCUACUGGGGACUGGGGAAAAAGGGGAAAUAAAGUGACUGUAUUUUUUAA